AUGAUACAAAAUCAAUCUACUCCACAUAGUGAAAUAAAUUUUGAACAUCAAUCGACGUUAGUAUCAGACGCAAAUGAAAACACAAUACCUGCAAAAAAUGUAAACGAUCAGGAAGCCCAGACUGCCGAAAAUGAAGACUUAUUACAUGGGAUUGAAUUAUUUUUGGUUACUUUUGGUCUAGGAUGUGCUAUGUUUGUAGCUGCGUUAGAUCAAACAAUAGUUGCCACUGCUUUGCCUAAAAUAGUUUCCGAUUUUAAUGGAUUGGAUCAAAUAGCAUGGGUCGCAACUUCUUAUCUACUCACAAUG